AUGUGGCCCCAGAAGAACGGGCUAGGACAACAGCUAACCUAUGGUGUACCUGGGAUAGGAACUAUCAUACCUAGCACAGAAGAUCAACCCGAACUACGAAUAGAAUAUCCUCACAGUAAUGGUGCAAAAUUAAAGAAGGUGCUUGAAAAUGCAACAGAGUUACGACCCAGGCAGAACAAUCGUGGAAUAUCAACCGCUAAACAACCAGAAAAGCACAAGAGUAAAAAGAACAUUGAUCAAACAGUUGCGGGUUUAUCUUUUACCGAUGAUUUAAUAAAGACUUAUAAUAAUACGGGACAUUCACUCAGUGUAAACGCCUACGAUCCUACAUUUGGUUCAUUACUACAAUUCUUUUUCAUAAAGAAUCAUCAGGGUAUUUUUCGUAACCGUAGAAUGGCUGCAUUUGCGUCUGGAGAGAACGGCAAUAUCUUGGAAAUUGCAGCAGUGGAACCAACUGGUGUGGUAGCAUAUAUGGACUUGGAAUAUCCUGAAUUGAAGAAUAGCGUGACCCUCACCCUUAAGGAACCUAUAAGACAAAUAUUAGCAUAUAACAUACCUAGCAAUGCAUCGAACAUGAAAGAUUUGAUCUUAGUAAGAUCACAAUUCAAAAUUUAUAUAUUACACUGUGUUUAUAAUAAAGCUCAUGAUGAUCUGAGUAUUAUACUGCUUGUUGGAGAAAUUCUGUCCACCGAACUCAAAUGCAAACAGUUUGCUGAUAUUUGUUUCAGUCCUAAAGGCUCACAAAUAAUGGCUGUAGAUGUUGAAGGCACACUUUUCACUAUAAGAGUGGAUGACAAAUUUAUAAUUACGUGGAAGAAGAUCGAAGUCAAACCUGAGUACGCCGACAUUUACAUUAACAGCUACGAACUCCUGAUCUGGCGACGAAUUAUAUGGGUAUCUACAUCUACCGUUUUCAUAGCUUCUAGGUCUUCUUUGAUUAAGUUGGAUUUGUUACAAUCAUCAGUACAGAAGAUAAUCACUUCCGAUACUUGGUCUUCGAUAAGAGAUAUCAAAGUUCCCAAUGCAGAGAAGGAAGACAUGUUUAUUUUGACUUCAAAAGAAAUCAUCUGGGUUUCUACAAAGGACUCCAUUCCUCGAAGAUUGAUAGCUUGGAAACAUUUUUUAACUGAUAAAGAUCCUUCAUACAAACUUGAGGUGAAACAUACUGAAGGAAAGUUCAUCUGUUUAGCUUAUUCGCAGAUAUCUCCUUUAGCAAUCACCUUCACAUUCGGAAGAGUGGACAAUAAACCUUAUAUUUUAUCUUCCCCGUCUAUCAUUCACGUUUCAGGCAAUUCACUGGGGAUCCAAACAAUAAUCAUGGAAGAAUUGGAAAAAGAUUUCUUCAGAAGAGUCAAAUCUUCAAAACCCAGAAAAGAGACUCUUUAUUCACUUUUCGAUAUCAGACAAAACUUAGCCAUAAGUAUUACUACACUCGGAUACAAAGAACGUACUCAAAACUAUAAAAACCCCCAUGAAAUAAAUUUCGAUCAAUAUUUGGAAGAUAUAACACUUACAAGUUUGAGACCCUUUGCAGGUAAAUAUUUUGCAAACCUUACCAAAUCUGAAGUUCUUCCAUUAAUAAAAGAUCUUAUCAGAGCUCCUGUUUCUAAAGAUGACGUUUCCGUGAUUCAAAACUUUGCAUCGGAAUUGGGAAUGGGAACAUCCAGAAUGAAAGCCUCUGAAGAAACUGGUGAUCUACAGUAUUCGUCUUUGCUUGAUUUAUCAGUAAAUCCACCACCAUUUGCCGGUGAUCUUGAAGAAUUCGAUGAUAUGAUCGAGCAGUUAAUGGAUCAUGUUCUGGGUAAUAACCUUGAAGCUUCGGAAAUUGCUGAUAGAUUCUUAUCAAAGAUAUUGAAUGGUGAUGUAUCCAACAUGACUGUCACCGGUUUGUAUGAAGUUAUUGUCAAAAAGUACUUCAAAUACAGAUCUAUUAAAUUACAAACCAGAGGUUCGUCAACCAAAGUUCUUGCUGUUUUGCUAAUUGCUGCUUCAAUUAAAAUUGGAUCUCCGGCUCUACAUCAACAAUAUGAGAAGUUGAUCACUAAUAAUCUUGAAGCUUCCUCGUCAAGUACAAAGGCUAUUUUGAAGGAUUGGGAUAAUUUCGGUAAAGUUGUUGAACCAGAGGUAUCAACCCAGGCAGGAAGGCAAUUUGUUAUACCAUCGAUCAAUAUAGCAUCCCAAGAUACUUCCACACAGAAAAGAAAAUCGAAUUCUAAAUCUAAGUCUUUAAGAAAGCGAGCAUUGACGGCAUCUCAGAGACCAUCUCAAUUCUCGAGUUCCCAAAUUCCAAGUUCCCAAAUUCCAAGUUCCCAAAUUCCAAGUUCGAAUCACCAAAUUUCAUCACAAAUCCCCUCAUCACCACCACACCCACCUUCAUCAUCACCACCAAGAUCUUCGCAAUCUUCUCAAGCAAAUCAUUUCAACAGUCAAAGAACAUCGCAAAUAAACAGCCAAAGACCCUCCCAAAGGAACAGUCAAAAGUCCAAGAGAAAAAGACGUGGGUUCUAG